AUGAUUUCCGCCAGCGAGUACUUGGCCGUCAGUCAGCCAUUCACUUUCCCGGGCCUUCAGUCGCACGUCCCUCGUAGCAAGCUGAGCGAGCACUACGGCCAGCAGUGUAACUCGCUGUCGUACCUGGACGAACAGCAGCGCAAGAUAUGCACGUCGCACCCGCUGUCGAUGGUCAGCAUCGGUCACGGGGUGCGCGACGCGAUCGGCGAAUGCAAGUGGCAGUUCCGGUUCGAGCGAUGGAAUUGUACCACGACACCGACCGCAAACGACUCGGCCAUCGACCUUUUCGGCAGCACUCUCGCAGCAGGUACGAUUCCUUACGGUUUGGAGCCCUGUUGUGCGUUGCUUCACAAUCUUGCCGAUGACCGUUUUCUCAAGAGUUGUUCAUACACCGUCAUUUCAGCCAACAAGGAGGCGUCGUUUAUCGAGGCGAUCACCAGUGCCGGCAUGGUGAUCGCCGUCGUCAGUGCCUGCACCGCCGGAAACCUGUCCGACUGCAGCUGUGACAUGAGCAAACAAGGUUUGGCCGCCCGGGACCCGAACGAGAAGUGGCACUGGGGCGGCUGUUCGGACAACGUCCGCUACGGCCUGUUGUUUGGGCGCGACUUUCUCGACCGGUCGUUGAAGAAGAAGUUCUUGCAGAACCGUGAGGUGAAGUACCUGGCCACAGUGCACAACCAGGAGGUCGGUCGAAAGGUGCGUUCAGCCGUUAAAAACUAA